CCGUCAGACUCUGUGGCCCCGACUCCUCCCUCAGUUCAGCCUGUGUGUGUCCUCUCUGCCUCUUUCACUCCUCGUCAUCACACAAGUGUCUCCUCUCAACUCACUCGUCUCUCGUUAUCUCUAAACGACCACAGAGAGGAUCCCGCAGUCUUUCACUCCACUUCAGAAAUGCCUUUCGGAGGAGGAAGCAAGUGCGGCUGCUGCCAGAAAACCGUUUACUUCGCUGAGGAAGUGCAGUGCGAGGGGAAGAGCUGGCACAAGUCCUGUUUUCUGUGCAUGGUCUGUAAGAAGAACUUGGACAGCACUACAGUGGCUGUACAUGUGGACGAGAUCUACUGCAAGUCAUGCUACGGCAAGAAAUAUGGACCAAAAGGCUACGGCUUCGGAGGUGGAGCCGGCACGCUGAGUAUGGACACAGGAGAGGGACUUGGAAUCAAACCUGAAGUUCAAUCUCCUUUCCGCCCGACAAACAACCCCAACACCUCCAAGUUUGCCCAGAAAUCAGGCGGCUCAGACGUGUGUCCUCGAUGUGGCAAAACAGUUUACGCAGCGGAGAAGGUUAUCGGAGGAGGCAACUCCUGGCAUAAGGGAUGCUUUCGCUGUGCCAAGUGUGGCAAAGGGCUGGAGUCCACCACCGUCGCUGACCGAGAUGGGGAGAUCUUCUGUAAAGGUUGCUACGCGAAGAACUUUGGUCCCAAGGGCUUCGGCUUCGGUCAGGGUGCAGGAGCUCUGGCUCACUCCCAGUGAAGCCUGAAGCUUCGGCUCACAGGGGACCGACAUGUGGUGUGUUCCCAUAUCAUCGCUUCCAGGAUCCUUCAGUCCUGUCUGCCUUCACUUCACUCUGCACUUUCAGUCCAGCUUCAGAAAGAACAACCGAGGCACAAAACCCAAUACCAAGCUGUUUGUUUACCGGCUCUUUACUGUGUGUUGCUAUAGAACAGAGUCUAACUUAGUAGGUUCAAAAAGAAACAGACUGAAAUCUAACUGUGUUUGGAUUUGCAUAUUGUGUGUAUUUACACUGAGUAUUUAACAGCAAAUAAGCCUGCUCCAUCUUAGAAUAAAAAAAGGUUAUAAAGAGAGUUAACACAGGGUUUUUGCAGGUUUCAACAAGUUUAAAACUUUAAGAGCCAAGAAUUAUUUAUGCUUCCCUAUGAUUGAAGAUAAGGUGAAGUAGCCUUGUGGAGAUUAACCCUCAAAGUGUUUUCUCAGUAGGUAUCCAUAACCUCUGUCCCAAUUCAGGGGCCACUCACUUCAGUGGACACGGUUUACAUGGCCUACGAAGGAGGCAGUACUGUUACGUCUUUAAAAAAUGGUCAGUCGUCUAACGAGGAUCAAACCAGAGCCUUUGCUUCUCUGGGAUGGAAGGACACUUUUGAAGUAGCCUUCAAAAUGAGCUAGUAUAGUCUCGCAGCUGUGACGUUGGUCUUUAAAUGCAGCGUCUGAAGAAUGGGGCCUCUGAAUUGAGACGCAGCUCAAGUUUAAUGCUUCAGUUUCAUCAUAGUUUGUAAUAUUUGUCACAUAUUUAAGGCCUAAAACUCAGAUGAUUCAAUUUUUUUUAAGAUACCCUGUAACAGAACUGAGCAAAGUUUGAAUAAUAUCUGAAAGAGUUUGGGAACAGGAAAAAGGCUCAUGACUGUUCAUGAUAUGAUAUUUCCAUCCUUACUGCCUUCCAUGUCAAAUAAUGUAGAUACUGUCUUAUAAUACGCAUUGUCUCUGAGGCACAAAAUAAAUAUCAGGAUACAAAAAACAACAGGUUUU